UGUUUUUUCUCACACGUUGAAGCGCGAUGUGGUUGCCGCGGUGCAUUGUGGGAGCCGCCGAUUGUCGCAUUUCCGCUGCCAUUGUGCGCAAGAGACAGUAAAUAACAGUGAAGCUUCACUCAAAACACGCUUUAAACACGACUUCUGCUGAGGUGAGCGUGUGUCAGAAUGGCCCGUACGAAGCAGACCGCCCGUAAAUCCACCGGAGGAAAAGCUCCUCGUAAGCAGCUGGCGACUAAAGCGGCCCGUAAGAGUGCGCCCUCUACUGGAGGAGUCAAGAAGCCCCAUCGCUACAGGCCCGGGACCGUGGCUCUGCGUGAGAUCCGCCGCUACCAGAAGUCCACCGAGCUGCUGAUCCGCAAGCUUCCCUUCCAGCGUCUGGUGCGUGAGAUCGCUCAGGACUUCAAGACCGACCUGCGCUUCCAGAGCGCCGCCAUCGGAGCCCUGCAGGAGGCCAGCGAGGCGUAUCUGGUGGGUCUGUUUGAGGACACUAACCUGUGUGCCAUCCACGCCAAGCGUGUCACCAUCAUGCCCAAAGACAUCCAGCUGGCACGCCGCAUCCGUGGAGAACGAGCCUGAGCUCCUCUCUCUUUCUCUGUGUGUGUCUCUCUCUCUCUUCAUCUGUGUGUGUUUGUUUGUGUUGGUCACUCUCUCUCUCUCUCUCUCUCUCUGUGUGUGUGUUGGUUUUGUAUUCUCAGACGAGCUCUUGUGUCGUGUCGUCAUGUGAUUUGAAGCACAAGAGUUCAAACCCUCAGGGUGAUUAAUUAAGGACUCCAGGCACUAAUUAACACUUCCUGUUCCUGAAUGAAAGAACUGGAAGUCUAAUCUGAUUUCAGGUGCUAAACUCCUCACUGGUAGAGUCUGAAUCUUCAUCAAACACUUUUUUUUCUUGAAAUAAGUCUUGUUUGUAUAUUGUUUGAGUGCUUUAUAAUGAUGUUAUUAAUUUUCCUGAGAUGCACAGAUUGGCAGGUUGGCAUAUGAUGUCGGUGAUGCAUUCUGGGAUUGUCGUUUUGUUGAAUAUUGUGUUUUUGAGGAGCAGAUGUAGCAACAGACUCUAUUUUAUACCAUUUGAUAUAUCCUUCAUGAGUUAAGUAGACAUUCGCUCAGGUUUUUCUACACCUUUCAUGGUUUGAAUCACAAGAUGAUUAUGUUUGCUUUGUUUUUGUAUGUGUGUAAGUCCUAAAAAGCCAAUCUUUGUACAACAGGAAAAAAGAAUUGGACAAUAAAUUGGUGUUGAACUGUUA